GUUUUCCCAGCCGCUGUGAGAGAGAUUGGGAGAAUGGCUGCCAGUGGAGAUGUUGGAAAGAUGUUACAAGUUCAGAAUGGGACUCCAGCAAGCACAAGCUACAACGGGGUUGAUGCCCUGCAUGCCUGUAACAUCCUCCAGCAACUUAAAGCCUUGUACGACGAAUCUCAGCUGACUGACAUUGUCGUGGAAGUGGACCAUGGCAAGACAUUUUCUUGUCACAGAAAUGUUCUCGCUGCCAUCAGCCCUUACUUCAGAUCCAUGUUCACAAGUGGCCUUACAGAGAGCAGUCAGAGGGAGGUGCGAAUUGUUGGUGUGGACUCCGAGUCCAUGCAUCUAGUUCUCGACUAUGCUUACACCUCACGGGUCACCCUCACGGAGUCUAACGUGCAGGCCCUGUUCACCACCGCCAGCAUCUUCCAGAUCCCAGCCCUCCAAGACCAAUGUGCCCAAUUCAUGAUCAGCCGUUUGGACCCACAGAACUGCAUUGGGGUCUUUAUGUUUGCAGAUGCCUAUGGCCACCAGGAGUUACGGGAGCGCUCGCAGGACUACAUCCGCAAGAAGUUCCUAUGUGUGAUGGGAGAACAAGAGUUCCUCCAUCUGACCAAAGAACAGCUGGUCAGUAUUCUCAACAGUGACGAUUUGAACGUGGAAAAAGAGGAACACGUUUACGAAAGCAUAGUGCAUUGGUUGGAGUAUGACUGCCCGCGUCGGGAAGCGGAUAUGCCGGAGGUUUUCACCAAAUGCAUCCGUUUGCCUCUUUUGGACGAGGCCUUUCUGAGUUGUAUCCCGCCGGCCUUUGGCUUGGCCUUGCCCAGGGAUUCCACAGAUAAGGGUCGGAUCAGUGGCACCAACGGCUGCCCGCAGAGGCUGGGUAUGACUGCUUCUGAGAUGGUUAUCUGCUUCGACGCGGCUCACAAGCACUCAGGGAAGAAGCAGACUGUGCCUUGCCUGGACAUUGCUGCCGGAAAGGUGUACAAGCUUUGCAAACCGCCCAAUGACCUCAGAGAGGUCGGCAUCUUGGUCUCGUCAGAGAACGACAUCUUUAUCGCUGGAGGCUAUCGACCAAGCAAUAGUGAGGUGUGCAUCGACCACCGCGCCGAAAGCGACUUUUGGCAGUAUGAACACGCUGGGAACAGGUGGCUUCCACGUUCACCCAUGCUGCGGGCACGGAUCGGCUGCAGGCUGGUUCACUGCUGUGGGAAGCUCUUUGCUUUAGGUGGUCGGGUGUACGAAGGGGACGGACGAAAUGCUUUGAAAUCCGUAGAGUGCUAUGAUGCUAGAGAUAACUGCUGGACUGCAGUCAGUCCCAUGCCUGUGGCCAUGGAGUUCCACAGCGCAAUAGAGUAUAAGGACCGCAUCUAUGUACUACAAGGAGAGUACUACUUCUGUUUUGACCCUCGCAAAGACUAUUGGGGGCAUUUGCCAUCUAUGAACAUCCCCCGUACUCAAGGCUUAGCUGCCCUUCAUAAAAACUGUAUCUACAACAUAGCAGGCAUCUGCAGGAACCACCAGCGCACGUUCACCGUGGAGGUGUACGAUAUUGAGCAAAACGUCUGGUGUCGAAAGAAAGACCUCCCGUUUGACCAAGCGACCAGCCCCUACAUCAAGGUCCUUUUGCUUCAGGGCCGAUUGCAUGUGUUUGUCCGAGCUACGCAGGUCAUGGUGGAAGAACACGUGUUCCGCACCAGCCGCAAGAACUCUCUUUACCAGUAUGACGAAGAAGCCGAUCAUUGGACAAAGGUCUACGAGACGCCGGACCGCCUCUGGGACCUUGGCCGCCAUUUUGAGUGCGUGGUGGCCAAACUUUAUCCUCAGUGUCUUCAGAAAGUGCUGUGAGUUGGUUUGGAAGUGGGCUGUUUGAAACAGCUGAUCGUAGUUUUUACUGGAAGGAGAUGGUGGUACUGCUCAAUACAUGGUGCUUUCUAUGUCCCCAUACAAGAAUCGCAGGGGAAGUCUUAAAGCGUUAAUGGUUUCAAUCAAUAAGGGUGCUGUUCGAAAAAGAUAAACAGUGUUUUACGUUCGACACGAGGCACCCACACUAUCGCUUGUUUUACAGUUAGAAAAAGUGAAACAUAAGUGCAAUUAUCAUAUUUGUGCAGAUGCCGAGUCGUUUCUGCUCUAUUAUAUUUUUAAGGUGCAAGUUUUUGUUGUUGUUUUGUCUUUGGUUGUUGAUACAUUAUUGGGUGACAGGAAUAGUUGAUGUCUUUAAAGACAAGUAGUAUGUUGCUAGCAAAUAUAAUACAAUUAAGUAAUUGGUGAAAAAUAAAUAUAGAAAGCUAUAAAUAUUCAUACGGGUAAGAUGAGUGAUUUUGCUCACAGUGUGAAUACUGAUUUUUUUUACUAUUAUUUCUCUUAAGAAUUUUCAGAGUUAUAAGAUGAUCGUCCUUGCUGCCUACGAGGAAAUUGUGGUUUUCUUGUGAACUUAGUCAUUAGGGAAUUUUGCUUGGUUGCCAAUAUGUACAUGCAGGUAGCUGGUUUUGUUUUGUAUUUUAAAUUGUCUUUGUUUUUUCCUCUUUGAAAAGGCAGCCCAUGUGCUAUAUGACAUCACUGCAGUUUUAAUUUGGAUUUUGCUUUUAUGAUGUUUUGUUGAGCCCAAUCUUUGCAAAUUCGCAUCACCAGCCAGAUCUUUUAGUGAGGUUACAAGAUUAUACUCUGUCUCCAUAUUGGAGAAGAAAAAAGGAUACCAGCUUUGUGUAGCUGAAAUCAAAGCUGGGCCAAACAGCUGGACAGGAGAGAACAUGAGCCAGGUGAAGAUGAUAAAAGGUGGCCAAAAUGUGGAUGCUUGCAUUCCACUCUGACUUAUUGAAAUUCUCCGUGUACGGGUGCAGUUUAAUGAAAAAUACACCUCUGAAAUGCCAAAACAUGGAGUCUUAGUUUGCAUCCCGUUGCAGCAAUAACAGGUGUGUGCUGGCGUUUUUCUUAGAAAAAGUGCAUCCGAAAUUUCAAGCGUUUCUGUGAUGAAGCUUUCAUGAAUAAUUCCAGAAACUUGGCCUUUUUUGCCACAGUGGGCAGAGAUGGUCACAGUUCAGAGUUGUGAAUCUGUUAGAUAUGUUUCUGUCCAGGGAUGUUACAGUGCCUGUUCACAUAAACCCCAGGCAUCAGUGAUGGACUGAGCAAAGGCUAUAUGAAGUCUUAGAGGUGCUUCGACCUGAGGCAUUGUCCGUUUUUUCCAAACAAAUUUAGUCCUCCUAUUUUAGAGUCCCAUGAAAAUGCUUAACGAUCUCUAUAAAUGAUCACGCUUUCUUUCCAUCCCCUCAUCUUCCAGUUCAUUAAGAAAAAUGUUUAUUUUUGGUGCUGCUUUUUUGACAAUCUUGUACAGAAUUUACAGCAAUUUAAUUUCUCAAAGGUUUUGUCAUCGCUCGACACUUUCAAAAGUUGUCAGUCUAAGUUAUUGUCUAUGGAUAUUUGUUCUGUCGUAUUUCUGGUCUCGUGUUUAUUUGGUCAUAUGCAGGUUCAAUGUGGCACACAGAUUUUGCACUACAUUAAUUCCUCCCUUGAAACCUUUAGCAGUCUAAGAAUACAGCGCUGUUGUUUUCAGUCACAGACUUGAUUAAAUGGGACAGCUGAUGCGCUCAUGUUGGGUUUCGUUCUUUGGCGCCUGCAAUACUGAGCCUCAUCUGGGGCUUUGGUGGAAAGGGAACGAAUGAGAAAUUGCAUUGGAUUUGGUGCAGUUGCCGCACAUUUCACAUACUUUAAUGCUCAGUAGCACGGGAACCAGAAACGGACUCUUCUCAGGAUUAUUGUUAAUACACAGUACUGUAUUUAAAUGGUUUGUUGUUCGUGUAAUAUACUGUACCAUAUGUUUGCUGUACUUGCACAGUUUUAUACAGGAUUUACGUUUUGUCCUAUUUUCACAACUUGAGAUUUGUUUUCUUUAGAUUUGUUUAUUUUUUCUUCUAAUUUUAAUAUUUACUCGUAGGUUUUUUGAAUUUGCUAAUUAGAUUUUAUGAUUUUGCUGUUAAAACUUGUGAAACAUGGACUUUUACACAAACGUUUUCAGCGUGUUCGUUUGUUUAUUUGUUAUUGCAUCAGUCUUAAAGGACACAAAGCAUUACAGAACACAAGUUAUGCCAGUGCUUCUUUACUAUAACAGUAUGGAUGUUUAAAAAUGGCUUUGAAAGAAUAGAUCAGUUUGUGUUGUUGGCUUUUGGUGGAGCCGUUUCUUCUUUCAUUUUUUCCCGCCUGCAGUUAAUUUAUCCACAGUGAGAAAACAGUGUUUUAUUUUCCUUUGCAUUUUUUGUUUGCCAUUUUAUUUGUGUGUUUGGUUUGCUUGUAUGUAUGUCGUGUGAGUUUAGUAAAUAUUCAUUGAUCUCUACUGUGAAAUUCACCUUGCACAUAAUUUGACAAUUAAACAAUAAAAAGUUGAAGACA